UCGCCGAAGUGGAAACCCGCCUUAACAGUUUCAAAUUUUAAUAUUUUGACGGGAGAUAUGAACUAUGAAACCGCUUUAUGCCUUCUUGAAUUGGUUGCAUAUAAUUGGGCAAUGUAUAUAAUUGGGCAUUGUGGAAUUUCAUUCCAAACCUGAAUAAUUCUUUUAAUUAACGAUUAUUUGGUUCUUCAGGAACCUUUUGAAUCAUGGUUCGGAUUGCUUUUGAUACGAAGCCAAACAUUUUCAACGAUGUACAAAUCUGGACUUGAACGACGCCACGGAAAAGCUUGAAAUCUUCUUGUUCGGAAAUAAAUCGUUGUAAAAAUGGUUUCCCUUUACGCAGUUGCAGACAAGAAAAUGGCGGACGAUGUAUACAAAAGUACUGUUGUUGGUGGACUGAAGUUGAAAGGGGUAAAACCAUCUGGAAUUAAAAAAAAGAAAAAGAAGAAAAACAAAGCCAAAGAAAUAGAGUCAUAUGCAUCAAAAGGCUCACCAAAACAGUCUGAAAAGAAUGAAGAAAAUAAUGAAGUUGAAGAACAAGGCAGUACAAAGACUCCAGCUGAAAUUGCUUUUGAGAAGGCUCAACAAACAAGAGCAACAGAGCGGAUAAUGAAAAAAGCAGCAAAGACCCAUAAGCAGAGAGUUGAGGAAUUGAAUUCUUACUUGGAUGGUCUAUCUGAACACUACGAUAUACAGAAAGUUAGCUGGACAAAAUAAAGACAAAAACUUCUGUAUAUUUUCAG